UCUGUCCAUUAAACGCUAUUUUAAUCCACCGGUGGGACUUUCGAAUGAACUCAUAACCUUAACGGCGCUAAUAUAACCUAAGUUUUCGAAUUUGUGACUUUCGUUGUACAAAUUAAUUUAAGAGACUGUAUAGGUUUAAAAUUUAAUCGUGUAUAUAUAAUUUACGAUUUAAAGCCGCAAAAUGUCGGAGCGCAAAGUUUUAAAUAAAUACUACCCACCAGAUUUUGAUCCGUCGAAGAUUCCGCGCAUGAAAUUGGCGAGAAAUCGUCAAUACACUGUGCGUUUAAUGGCUCCGUUUAAUAUGCGAUGCAAAACAUGCGGCGAAUAUAUCUAUAAGGGCAAGAAAUUUAAUGCGCGUAAAGAGGACGUCGAAGGGGACGAUUAUCUGGGCAUACGCAUCUACAGGUUCUAUAUUAAGUGUACUCGCUGUCUGCAAGAGAUAUCCUUCAAAACAGAUCCUAAGAACACAGAUUAUGAGAUCGAGGCAGGUGCCACGAGAAACUUCAUGGCAUUGAAACUGGCUGAGGAGCAAGCGCAAAGAGAGGAGGAUGAGGAGAAAGAGGAGGAGGCAACUAAUCCAAUGAAGCUUUUGGAAAAGAGAACGCUCCAGUCUAAACAGGAAUUAGAACUGUUAGAAUCUUUGGAAGAGUUGAAAGAUUUAAAUCGUAGACAACAGACUAUAGAUUAUGAUCAAAUGUUACAACAAUACGAUACAGAUACUGCUAGACAGAGAACAGAAAAAGAACAAGAAGAAUUAGAUGAGCAAUAUAUUAAAUCUAUAUUUGGUAAAAGACAAUUAACUGGGACUGUUGUGGAAGAGAAAGUUGAAGAAGUAAAGGAAGAAGAAGAAAAAGAUGAACCUGUUAGAAAAAUGUUUAAAACAGAAGAAACAAGUGAUAAAGAAAAAGAAGAUUCUGAACAUUUCUCGAAAUCAACAAAAGUAUCAUUGUGGUCAGAAAAUACAGGAUUCUCAUCUAACAAGAAGAAUUUAGUCAAGAAAAAUAUUAAUAUAAAGGUAAAUGCAAAGGCAACACACAAUAAAAAAGCAUCUGAAAACAUUGUUCUUACUGAUUCACAAUUGGAUGAAAUCCCUAACAUGAUGAAUACCUCAGAUACAACAAAUAUAGCCUCUAAAUCGACUACUGUAAGUAAUAGUUUAUCAUUAUUAGGUGCAUAUUCAGAUAGUAGCGAUAGUGACUAAAAAGAAUAUAGAGAGCAAUAUAUAUUUUUCUCAUGUAUA